ACAUAAAAAUGUCAGUGGCAUUCAGAUGUUAAUGUCAAUGUAGAAUAUUUCCGCAGAUUCUUUCAUCUUUCGGUUUCAUAAUCAACUUUUAACCUUAGUGUGUAAAAUAAUUACCUGGAUUGUUUUUACACUAAAGGAAAAAGGAAUCCUUUGUACGAUGGCUGGAUUAAUUAAGCUUCGUCACAUGCCUUUAAUGCAGAGAUGCGUUUGGAACCAUUUGAACGUUGUAAGCCGUAACAUUUCUACUUCGAAAAAGAACAGCGAUGCUGCUGCUGUUGCUUCUAACCCCAAGGAAGACAAGAACUGGGUGAGCUAUGGGUUUGAUUAUAAUAGCAAAGAGGAAGAUACCAAUAUGCACCACGCAUCAUUCUUUUUUUCUGUAACACUGUGUUUAGUCUUCGGUGGAUUUGCCUGGGCUUAUGCCCCCGAUACACAUCUAAGAGACUGGGCUCAGAGAGAAGCAUUUUUGGAACUGCGACGCCGUGAACAAGCAGGUCUUCCUCCAAUCGAUCCUAACUACAUCGAUCCAAAGUUAAUUAAUCUUCCCAAAGAUGAGGAAAUCUGCAAUCUUGAAACUAUUAUUUAAUUUGUGCGUACAGCAAUUAUUAUUUCAAUAUUAUUGUAGAUUGGUUCAGUAAAGUUUUUAGACCAUGUGAUUAUCUUUUAUUCCACAAAAAUUGCCACAACCAUUUGUUGCACUUUCUGUGUGUAGUUUUUUUAACUACAGUACUUACAUUAUUAUAAAGAUGGUCACUUUUACUUGGGAUAAGUAUGUAUUCAGAGAUGAACCUAGAUAAUUGUAAAUAUAUGAAUUUUGUUUAAAUAAUACAUUAACUAAAAACUGAA